AUUACGUCAUUCCUGUUAAUUUUCCAAACUGUCAGGAAAAACAGCGGCAGGAAGGCGAAUUAAUGACAAUUAGAGGAGCCGAACACACUUUGUUGUUCGGCGGACACUAAUUAAAGUAUGUUUAAGAGCUGGGCCACGUGGCUCGGAGUAGAAAACAAAAAAGGCCAAGAAAGCGAGACAACUGUUGAGGUUGAGGAAGACGAGGAUGGGGAGGUAAACAAACAACGGGAGGAAGAUGCUCGUCUGCACACGGCGAAGGGCUUCGGCGGAUACGUGUAUGACUUCGCCAGCAGCGCCUCAAAGAAACUGAGCGAGUCGGUCGUGGAGACGGCGCAGAGCUUGAAGAAGAGCGUGGAGGAGAGGAGCAUCGAUGGGAUCAUCCACAAGACCAUUUUGGGGGAAUUCCAGAAAGAACAAGAGAAGUUUGUUCAGGAGAAAAAAGCUAAAGCGUCUGGAUUCGCUGUUCCUCCGUGGGUUGGUUAUAACGAAGAAGCAGCCAUCCAACAACAGAUCUUAGCUCUGUCGGCUGACAAAAGGCAUUUUUUGCGAGAUCCUCCUGCUGGCGUCCAGUUUCACUUCGACUUUGAGCGGAUGCAUCCGGUCGCCAUGGUGAUGCUGGAGGAGGACGAACUCCUCCGGCAGAUGCGCUUCCAGCUGGUCCCCAAGCGGAUGAAAGAAGAAGCCUUCUGGAAGAACUACUUCUACCGCGUGUCCUUGAUUGAACGGUCCGCUCAGGUCACGGCGCUCGCAGCCCGACAAGCUGCUGAGAGGAGACGCGAGGAGAGAGCCGCUGUUCAACUGCAAGAUAUCUCUGCAGAUGCAGCCAAACAGAAAACUGCCCCCGGUGUCUGCCAGUCAAGUGAGGACAAAGAAUCCGAAUUUGCGAGCAGCAAGUUAAACGAGGACGACGUGCGCCGAGACAUGGAGCAGCUGGUUCUGGACCAGAGGCAGCAGGACGAGACUCCGGACUGGGAGAGAGAGCUGCAGGAGGAGCUUCGGGAGUACGACGUGUUGGCCGACAACGAGAACCGGGACGACAACUGGGAGCGAGAGAUUGAGGAGAUGCUGAUGGAGGAGAGCUAGAGGCCGACUGACAUAAUGUCCAUCGACAGCAUCCGAAGCCUCAUGUCGCGAGCUGCUUUCUCUCUAGUGACCCCCAUUGGUAAAGCAUAUAUGUAUUACAUAAAUAUAAUAUAAAUAAAAUAUUCUAAAAUAGUCCACCACAAUCGACUGGUCCCACCAGACCGAGUCAGGCAGCAGAACCAGUUUGUGCCAGUAUGCCCAGUGUGGAACCAGAGAGUUUUCUUUUUAAAUGGUUUCAUCUGUAAAUUGAAUUGAACUUUUCAUUUGCAUGUUAAAAAACAUUUAAUUUCACUUGUGGAGGAAUUCAUGCAAACAUUAAAGUAUAUAUUUUAUUUUACCUGAGCCAACGGUUCUUUUUUGAUUAUUUCAAAUGAUAAUAUGUGACGGCCUUUUUUUAUACUUUUUUAAAAGCUGUGAACAGAAUGUAAAACAUUUAAGGUCACUUGACAUGUUCAUGUAGUGUUACUUUUGUAUUAAACCUUUACUAUUCAA